AUGGGUUCCUUCAAAAUAAUCUCCAUAUUCGCUCUGGUAGUCCUACUUUUCCCAUCUUUUCACCCCAAAUACGGAGCUUCAGCUUCUGCUGAAGAGGCUGCUGCUCUUUUGAAAUGGAAAGCCAGUUUUUUGAACCAGAACAACAGCUUCCUAACCUCAUGGAACCUUCAAUCAGGCAAUGCCAAGAAUUCUUCUAUACUUCCUUGCACUUGGGCUGGUAUUUCCUGCAUUGAUGGAAGUGUCAACAGGUUGAACCUCUCAGAUUGGAGUAUUAAAGGUAGCCUCUAUGGUUUCCCGUUCUCAUCGCUCCCAAAUCUUGAAUAUCUUGAUCUCCGCUUUAACCAGAUCUUUGGAAGCAUACCAAAACAAAUAGGUAACCUGUCGAAACUCAUUUAUCUUGAUUUCGGGGCUAAUGAGCUGUCAGGCAAAAUCCCGCCUGAAAUUUGCAACUUAAGAAACUUGACUCAUUUAGUUUUUGAAAGUAAUCAACUUUCAGGUCCCAUUCCCGUGGCGAUGGGGAAUCUGAUUUCACUUCAGUUUCUUUGCUUGUGUCAAAAUAAUCUUACAGGUGCAAUUCCAAAGUCACUAGGCAAUUUGACCAAUUUGAUUAUGCUAUAUCUCUAUGAAAAUCAACUUUCAAGUUCAAUUUUCAAAGAAGUGGGUGAUUUGAAAUUUCUCACCCGUGUGGAAUUAAGUCAGAACCAACUCAAUGGUUCCAUUCCUGCUUCAAUUGGUAACUUGAGUACCUUAGAAGUACUGUAUCUCCAUAACAAUCAAUUUUCUGGUUCAAUUCCAGUCACUUUUGGUAAUCUCAAUAGGCUGGUGAAUCUAAGUCUUUACCAAAAUCACCUAUCUGGUCCCAUUCCUCCAAUGAUAGGGAAUUUGAGCUCACUUCAGAUUCUUUACUUGUAUCAAAAUAAUCUCACUGGUGCAAUCCCAAAGUCACUAGGUAAUUUGACCAAAUUGAUUGAACUGAGUCUCUCUGACAAUCAACUUAAUGGUUCCAUUCCUGUUUCAAUUGGUAACUUGAGUAACUUGGAAGCAUUGUAUCUCCAAAAUAAUCAAUUUUCUGGUCCAAUUCCUGCUACUUUUGGCAACCUCAAUAAGCUGGUGAAUCUAAGCCUUUACCAAAAUCACCUAGCUGGUCCUAUUCCUCCAGUGAUAGGGAAUUUGAGCUCACUUAAGAUUCUUUCCUUGUAUCAAAAUAAUCUCACCGGUGCAAUCCCAAAGUCACUAGGUAAUUUGGCCAAAUUGAUUGAACUGGAUCUCACAGAGAAUCAACUUUCAGGUUCAAUUCUUGUUUCAAUUGGUAACUUGAGCAACUUGGAACUUUUGGCUCUGGGAGAAAAUCAAUGUUUUGGUACCAUUCCACAAGAGAUUGGAAACCUGAAUAAGUUGGUUGCUUUGAGAUUGUUUAGUAAUCAGUUCUCCGGUCCAUUGCCAGAACUAUUAUGUCAAAGUGGAAUUCUCCAAAACAUUACUGUAGAUGAGAACAUGCUUACCGGUCCAAUCCCUAAAAGUUUGCAAAACUGCUCAAGCUUAUUUAGGGCCCGUUUCAACGGUAACCGUUUCCAAGGAAACUUAUCAGAAAUGUUUGGAAUCUAUCCAGUCCUGGAUUUCAUAGAUCUCAGCAAUAACCAAUUCUAUGGGAAACUCUCCAGCAACUGGGGUAAAUGCAAAAUGCUGAAAGCCCUUAUAGUUGCAAAGAAUAACAUCACGGGUGGUAUACCUCCAGAAAUUGGAAAUUUGACUCAACUACAUACACUUAAUCUUUCUUCGAAUUAUUUAUCAGGGGAGAUACCAAGGGAAGUUGGGAAGUUAGCUUCUAUGCUUAAACUAGAUUUACAUGACAACCAGCUUACUGGUGGUAUACCUCAAGAAUUGGGAGUGUCAAUGGAAUUUCUAGACCUGUCCACAAACUCCUUGAAUGGAACUUUACCAGAACUUCUCGGAGAUUUGAAACACUUGUUUCACAUGAACUUGAGCAAUAAUGUUUUAAGUCAAAAGAUUCCAUUGCAAAUUGGGAAGUUAACCCAACUUUCUGAACUGGAUUUGAGGCAAAAUUUCUUCACAGGAGAGAUACCAUCUGAGUUUCAAAAUUUGCAGAGUUUGGGGACAUUGAAUCUCUCCCAGAAUAACCUCUCUGGUUGGAUCCCAAAGGCUUUGGCAGAAUUGCCUGGUUUAUUGCACAUUAAUCUUUCUUUUAAUAAUUUGGAGGGCCCAAUUCCGAGUGGUAGAGCUUUUGUGAAUCUAACCUUGGAAGAAGUAAAGGGAAAUAAAGGUUUGUGUGGCAAUAUUACAGGGUUACGAGCCUGUGAAAGUUCUCAGUUGAUUAAAAAGCAUGUCAAGGAUAAAAGGAAGGAAUUUGUUCUCAUAAUUGUAUUACCUCUUCUGGGAUCAAUCAUACUUCUUGGUGUAUUGUUCGGUGCUCUCAGAUUGUGUGAUCGGAGAAAAAGAAAUUCGAGAGUGGAAGAUAUGGAGGUGAAGAAGGGCAGUUUAUUUGCCAUAUGUGCUUAUGAUGGCAAAGCAUUGUAUAAAGAAAUCGUGAGGUCUACAGAAGAGUUCAGUGAAACGUAUUGCAUUGGGAAAGGAGGUUGUGGAAGUGUUUACAAAGCACAGCUUCCAUCAGGCGAGGUAGUAGCUGUAAAAAGACUUCACAACAUACCUAAUGUGGGAAAGGAUAAAAGUUUCUUGAAUGAGAUCAGGGCCUUGACAGAAAUCAAGCAUCGGAACAUUGUGAAACUCUUUGGCUUUUGCUCAAAUGCUCAGCAUUCAAUUUUGGUUUAUGAGUGCCUCGAAAGGGGAAGCUUGGCCAAAAUCUUGAGCAUAGAAGAAGCAGCUAAGGAACUAGACUGGCAAAAGAGGUUGAAUAUCAUCAAAGGCGUCGCUCAUGCUUUAUCUUACAUGCAUCAUGAUUGUUCACCACCAAUUGUACACCGAGACAUAUCAAGCAACAACAUUUUGCUUGAUACAGAAUGCGAGGCUCAUGUUUCAGAUUUUGGCACUUCCAAGUUUCUCAGAAGAGACUCAUCUAACUGGAGUUCUCUUGCAGGCACAUAUGGAUAUGUUGCACCAGAAUUUGCCUACACAAUGAGAGUUAACGAGAAGUGUGAUGUUUAUAGCUUUGGGGUCCUGGCAAUGGAAGUAAUCAAAGGAAAGCAUCCUGGUGACUUUAUUGCUGAUCUAUUGUCUUCAAAGCUUGAAGAGAUAGAGCUAAAAGACUUGUUAGACCAAAGACUUCUGUAUCCCAAUCAAGAAAUUGAAAAGAAUCUGAUAUCCAUUCUCAAACUAGCAAGAGAAUGUCUACAUGUUGAUCCUCAAUGUAGGCCAACAAUGCUCAUUAUUUCCAGGUUGAUAUCUACAUGUUGAUCCUCAAUGUAGGCCA